CUCAUGAGUAAGUAAUGAUUUUGUGCAUUCCAUUUCAUUUAGACUUGUGAGAUUGGUACUGUUAAAUAUGUGGUUCAAUUGCAAGUUUUGAUGUCCAGCAUUUGGUUGAUAUUUUUGAUGAAUGAACUAUGUUUAGUGGUACUGGUGUUCUGAUAAAUUCAAUAUGUUUAGUAACUUAAAACAGUGCAUGCAAGAUGGCUGGUGUGAAACGAAGAAUGUAUACUGAUUCAGAUAUUCAUGCUCUUCACAAAGAAUUGGAUGAGGUCUCAUGUCCUAUCUGCAUGGACCAUCCACAUAAUGCUGUUCUCCUCCUCUGCAGCUCACAUGAGAAGGGUUGCAGAUCUUUCGUUUGUGAUACAAGUUACCGGCAUUCAAAUUGUUUGGACCGGUUUAAAAAAUUAAGGGAGAGUUCUAGCAGUGUGACUUUACCUCAUUCUUCACCUAUAAACUCUUAUAAUGCUAGUAAUACUUAUGAUGUGAACUUGGCUUUGAGAACUCAUUUCAUUGAAAGUAAUGGAAAUCACAAUCCUAAUGGAAGCAAUGGUUCACCUGUUGGAUUUUCUGAACAACCAGGCGAAAAUAAUAUUGAAAAUGUAGGUAGGCAUUUAGAAAUUCAAGGAGAAGGUAAUCUGAAUUUGGAAAUGGGGGACUCUGUGUCCUUGCGUGAGAGGAUUGAACUUGAAGAGGUAGAUGUGGAUAGUUCAUUAGAAUCAAGCUUGAAUUUGACAUGCCCCAUGUGCCGAGGAGCCAUUCAAGGCUGGGAGGUUGUAGAAGAGGCCCGAAAAUAUCUUAACUUGAAGAAGCGAUCUUGUUCCAGGGAAUCAUGCUCUUUUGUUGGUAAUUACCAGGAAUUACGUCGACAUGCUAGGAGGGUUCACCCAACAACCCGACCCUCAGACACUGACCCAUCUAGAGAACGAGCCUGGCGACGCCUUGAGCACCAACGAGAAUAUGGUGAUAUUGUCAGUGCCAUUCGCUCAUCCAUGCCAGGUGCUGUUGUAGUUGGGGACUAUGUAAUUGAGAAUGGAGAAAGAUUAUCGGCUGGAAGAGAAAGUGGCACUGGUGAAGUUAAUGGACCAUGGUGGACUACUUUCUUUUUGUUUCACAUGAUUGGUUCAAUUGACAGUGCUGGCGAAUCAAGGGCUAGGUCAAGGGCUUGGACAAGGCACCGGCGUUCUGCGGGAGCUUUAUCCGAGCGUCGUCGGUUCCUGUGGGGUGAGAAUCUUUUGGGUCUACAAGAUGAUAAUGAUGAUGACGACCUGCAUAUAUUGAGUGAUGCAGGUGAAGAUGCAUCUCCAGUCCCAAGAAGACGGCGGCGUUUGACACAGUCAAGGUCUGAUGAGGACCAGCCAUGAGUGAUGUCUAUUUCUGUAUUAUGCAGAAACUGCCUCUCUUAAGGGGAGAAGAUUUAUGGUGAUUAACAUGUUUAUCAGAAACCAUCUACUUUGAGAGAAGGGAAAGCAGGGUCUUUCAUUUG